AUGCCCGCAAAUGACAGUAUCACGCACGACGCCCCAGCUUUUCAAGAUGGGCUUCUCUUACCAGCCCUCAUGGCAGAGGGCUCUGAAACCGGCUCUGGAGGGAUCGAUCCCAGUGACAGUUCCACAGAGGAUCUUAUGGUCUUGCAGAUUGAUGACCCUGAAGGAGAAAGUUUCACGCCCCAGGACGACCAAGAGCCACCAUUCCAACGCUGCCACACUGUCGACAGCACGACUUACUGCAGAGACUCCCGCAACGAGGAGCCAGUAAGCCAUAUCAAGGUUCCCUUGGGUGGUGGCGAUGACGAUCAUUGCGGCGAAAAGGAUGCUCAAGACGACGACGACAAAAACAAACAAGAGCAAGAAGACGAAAUUGCAAGCUACAGUGAGGAACACUCCAGCUUGGACUCGGCCGAAGCUCGUGAAGCUGCCAUUCGGGCUGGAUUCCUCGGGUUUCUCUAUGGAUACCUGCACAAUGAUGUCUUUCAAAAGUUCCUUGCCUUUGUGUCAAAGAUAUGCCAAAAGCUUCUCAAGAAGUUUGGUAAAGGCAAUGAUCAAGACGGUGGCGAUGUGGAUCUUGACGUUGACCUAGGUUUGGAAGACAUUGUGCAAGAGGCAGUCGACUUGGGUGGCGACCCAACAAGAAUGCUCACCCAACAACAAGGAAGUUUGAAUGUUUUUGGGUCGCCGCAACAAGGAGCUGGUGGCGGCGGUGGUGGCAGUAGUGGCCCUCCAGCAACCCCUCAAAUGGCAGUUGCAGCGGCCUUGGGCGCAGCCGGAGCUGGAGCGGCAGGAGCAGCUGGAGCGGCAGGAGCAGCCGGAGCUGCAGCCGGAGGAAUGGCAGCGGCAGCCGCUCAGGCCGCCGUUGCUGUUGGCAUUGCUGCGGCGGCUGCAGCCGCGUCGGUAAGCGUAUCUGCUCCCAGCCAAGAUACCACAACUGGAUUCCAUGAUGCUCCACGCAUGUUUGGCAACUUCACUCCACCAAUCUGCUCAGAUGUUGCCACGGACAAGAUAGGCCAGGUCACUUUUCAACUUGAAGCUAUGCCUCCAGAGGUCUUGGAACACAGAAAAUGGGAACUCGAGGAGAAGUUUCGCAGCAUUUACAACAGCAUGACAGGCAUGUGCCUGGAUCCGUUGGAUCGGAUCUUGUUGGAAGCAGUUCUGUUGGAAUGGGAGAUAGAUUGGGGAAUUGAUAGCAGGAAUCAAACUCUAGGCCCUCCUCCUGCCAAUGCAUCGCAGGUCGAGUAUGAAGCACGUGUGGCUCGCAGUGUCACAACAAUGUCAUGGAAGGCGAUUCUGAACUGCAACGGCUGCCCAGACUACGAGCCAUUGUUUGCUCUCCCAGAGGACUACGGUAGUGCGGGCACAGCAACAGCAAACCCAAGUUCAAGGCAGCUCAUGCGCCAACAGAGGCGACUGCAAGACUUCAGUUUGGAACAAUUCUUUGCUCUGUUUGCUGCUGCUUUUGGUUACUCCGUUGAAACUUUGUUGCAGAGUGGAGUUGUUGGAUCAAGAUCCUUCUCCAGCAACUUCACAAGACUGGUUCGAGUGAAUGCUGCCUGGACUCAAUCAAUUCAGGAAGGUGGAAUCACGGAGGACGAUGAUGGCGAGGUGGCAAGGCUUGGGCAUGAGGAGAUCAACGCAUUCUACGUUCAAGUCAGCAGCAACAAUGGAACUCUCUUGACCCCGUUUCAAGGAAGUGAUUUAGCAGGACUCCAGGACUGCCUUGAUAUUCCGGACGCAAACCAGCAGUCAGAUUACUGCAAGGAAGUCUUUGAAAGUGUGGAAGGAGUGGAUGCUGAGGCACUAAGAAUGUGUAUUCAGAAUCCAAACACCCUGGAAUGUCAAGAGAUCCUCCCAGGACUGUUGGAGUUGUCCAUCAAUGAAGACAACACCCAAGAAGAUGCUUCAGUUGGUGGUAGUCAAAUGAUUCUGGAUUCUGGCGAGACUAGCUCCAACCCUGCAAGUCCAACCGACGCUGCCACGAGUGCUUCAGAUGCCAGCGUGGGAGGGACAUCCACUAUUGUCAAUGGCCAAGACAAGUUAACUGCAAACGAACAAGACAGUGCACAAGGUGGAACAAGUCUUGAGUUGGAGCUUCCUUCUCCAAGUUCAGCAAGCAUUGUGGAAGGAGGAAACACAGGCAGUGCAUCAGUUGGCACUGAGUCGCCAGCUCCUGGGUUAGUUGAAUCCGGGAACGUGCCUAUAUUCGGAUCCAAUGCUCCAGCAGCAGGUUCUCCCUUUGCCACUACUGGUUCCCCAAGUCAGUCUACGCCAACAAAUGGAAAUAUUCCACUUGUGUCUCCCACCCCGCCUGAACUUAUACCUCCUGUGUCAACUGUAUCAAAAAACACGCCUGCUGGUUCCAUGCUUUCAUCAAUAAACUCACCAACAACACCCGGGACUGAGACAUUCGAGACAGGCACAGCAGUCCCUGCUGCUACACCGUCACAAACAAACAUCGGUGUGCUGGAUACAUCAUCUCCGUCUGCCUUGUUGGCAGUUAAUCCCAAUGCACCCAUCACGGCAGUCCAUCGACCGUCCUCCGCUCCAUUGCCUCCUGUGGUAUCACUGCCCACAGUUCCAGAAUUGGCUGACUCACCAGCAACCCCAGCAGUAUCAAGUCCGACAUCACAAAACCCAGCCACACAGCUCCCCAUCACAGCCACACCUGGACUAGCAACAGUACCAACAACUCAGACUGUCACUCCAAGGCCAACAACUGCAGUACCAACUGUGAUUCCUGGGAGCCCAUCUCUAACCCCAACGACUGCGAUAUCAAGGUUUACUUCCGCCAUUGAAGGUAUGCCAAAUGACAAUCCAGUGUCAACCCAAACUCCAACUGAUUCAACCAUGGCAGCAACAACGCAACCUAGCCUUACUGAAGAACCUACCAUAAGCCCAACAUUGGAUCCAUCGCCUGAGCCUACCAAUGAACCAACUUUUGAACCCACAAACAACCCAACCAUAGUACCCACAAACAACCCAACUCAAGAGCCAACAAAUGAACCAACCAUGGACCCAACAACAGCUCAAACAGUUUCACUCACAACCAAUGAGCCAACAGAGACACCUGGAAGCCCAUCGAUUGAACCAACCACAGCCAGUCCCAAUGGAUCCGUCCCCACUGUGACACCUGGUUCUCCCAGCACCAGUCCGACUACUGGCAGUCCCACAACUAGAACACCUACAGUGACCCCUGGAAGCCCCUCGCUAACCAACCAGCCAGUCCGGUUGGUAUACUGUCCCACUGUGACACCUGGUUCUCCCAGCACCGUCGACUAUGGCAGUCCCACAACUGGAACACCAACAGUGACCCCUGGAAGUCCCUCCACAACACCCACCACUUUCUUUCCAGUCACCCUGGUUCCCCAGCACCGUCCUACUGCGUCCCCAUGGACACCGACAGUGACCCCUGGAAGCCCUCUUCCCACACAUCGAGUCCCCUUGGUUCUUCCCACUGUACACCUGGUUCUCCCAGCACAGUCCUACUGCAGUCCCACACGGACACCACAGUACCCCUUGCCCCUCACUCGAACCACCACAUCGAGUCCCCUUGGUUCGUCCCACUGUUACACCUGGUUCUCCAGCACCAGUCCGACUACUGGCGUCCACACUAGAACACCUACAGUGACCCCUGGAAGCCCCUCGCUGGAACCAACCACAGCCAGUCCGGUUGGAUCUGUCCACUGUGACACCUGGUUCUCCAGCACCAGUCCGACUACUGGCAGUCCACAACUGGAACACCAACAGUGA